AAGAGAGUACCAGGAACUGAAGAAUUUGACAUGACCUUCUACGGGCAAGUGAUGAAAUGGUACGUUUGUUCUGUCACGUUCUGGAAGUCCUGAAAAAAGCCUAGAGCUUCUUGUGGUUUACCUUGUUAGCUUAUCAAUGGAGGGCAAAUGAGCUGACUGACUAAGCGUGAUUAACAUCAGCACAAAGCGUCCUCCUAAUUUCAUUAAGCAACUUUGAUCAAACUGUUCCUGCGAGAUAAGGAAUAAAAAAAAAUUCACUUCCUUUUACAAUGUAACUUGAUGUGUCUUCUGGCCUUGAGGGAUCAUUAACCCAAGUUUUUUGUGCUUGGUCCAAGAUUACAGAAGAUUUGACUUCUUAUCAGUUAUUGGCACUGACAGGAGCCACUUAGUUUCAUCCUCCUGUUGGCAAAAGCUUCGGAGGAAUUUCCAGCUGAACAUCACUUCUGACUGGCGUGACACCGGCUAUAUAGCUUUUGAAGGUCUCUCUGAACGCACUUUCCAAAUCAUGCCAGGCAGCGGAGGUCCAGUUUCGACGUUCUCAGUAUGGGACUAUGUGGUGUUUGCCGGCUUGAUUCUUUUUGCUGCGGGCAUCGGCUUGUUCCAAGCCAUCCGUGGACGCAAGGAGGCCAGCAGUGAUGAGUUUCUCCUGGGCGGCCGUCAGAUGACCGCAGUGCCUGUGGCUUUGUCCCUCACAGCUAGCUUUAUGUCAGGUAUCACAGUUAUUGGCACUCCUGCAGAAGCGUAUAUGUAUGGCACACCAUUCUGGCUCUUCAUCUUCUCCUAUACCAUCAUGUCCAUCAUCAGCGCUGAACUCUUCGUGCCUCUGUUUUACCGGCUGAGCAUCACCAGCACAUACGAGUACUUGGAGAUGCGUUACAACAAGCUGAUACGAGUGAUUGGAACCAGCAUGUAUAUUGCUCAAACCAUUUUAUACACAGGCAUGGUUAUCUAUGCACCUGCACUCGCACUUAAUCAGAUCACCGGUCUGAAUCUGUGGGGAGUGCUAGUGGCAACAGGGGCUGUCUGCAUCGUCUACUGUACCCUGGGAGGGCUGAAGGCAGUGAUAUGGACAGAUGUGUUCCAGAUGAUCAUCAUGCUGAGUGGGUUUGUGGCAGUCAUCGCUCGUGGAGCUGUGCUGCAGGGGGGAUUUGAAAAGAUCUGGAAUGACAGCUACCAUGGAGGACGUUUGGAAACGUUCAGUUUUGAUCCUGAUCCUUUGAGACGUCAUAGUUUUUGGACAAUCGUUGUUGGCGGCAGUCUGAUGUGGGCAUCCAUGUACUCGAUCAACCAAUCACAGGUCCAGCGCUACAUCUCCUGCAAGACAAUGACUCAUGCAAAGCUAUCUCUGUAUUUGAAUAUGGUGGGAUUAUGGGUGACAGUGAGUUUGGCCAUGCUCUCGGGUCUCUGCAUGUACUCCAUCUAUAAAGACUGUGAUCCUUUCACCAACAAAGAUGUAGGAGCUUCAGACCAGCUCCUUCCUUAUCUGGUGAUGGACAUACUAGCAGAAUUCCAAGGACUGCCUGGAUUGUUCGUGGCUGCAGCUUACAGUGGAACAUUAAGUACGGUGUCGUCGAGUAUCAACGCUCUGGUGGCUGUCACAGUGGAGGACUUCAUGAAGCCAGCAUGGCCCUGGCUGACAGAGAGACAGCUGUCCUGGAUCAACAUGGGCAUGAGUGUAUUCUAUGGAGGCGUAUGCAUCGGUAUGGCUGGUGUGGCAUCUUUGAUGGGCAAUAUACUGCAGGCAGCAUUGUCUAUAUUUGGUAUGAUCAGUGGACCUCUCUUGGGCCUUUAUAUGCUGGGCAUGUUCUUCCGCUGUGUGAACUCCACGGGAGGUUUAGUUGGCUUGAUUUCCGGCCUGACUAUAACGUUAUGGGUGGGAAUUGGAGCUCAGUUGUAUCCUCCUUUACCUGAGAAGACCCUUCGGCUUUCCUUGAGUGUGGAAGGAUGCAUUGCACCAGACAUGAAUGAAACCACCACUAUGACACCAUUCAGCACAGUCCUACAAACCACAAUUCCACAGCCAAGACCAGCUUUGGCAGACAACUGGUAUUCAUUGUCCUACCUGUACUUCUGCCCUGUGGGCAUAAUAGUGACCAUGGUCACGGGACUAAUAGUUAGUGCAAUCACAGGUGGCUGUAAGCAGGAGAAAGCUCGACCUGAGCUCUUUAUUGGAAAAUCAGAUCUCAACUGCUUUGGAUGCAGAAACUCAGGCUCAGAAGUAUUAGACUUAAUUGAGAAAGAUCCAAAAAAUAUCCAAGGGCUGGAGAGUCCAGUUUUCUGCGACAAUGAAAUUGCACUGAAAGAGAAAAACUACAAGGAGAAGAUCACUAAGUUUUGAUGUGAAAAACAAACAGUUUUUGGAUAUGUUGUAAAUAGUAAAUUAUGACUGUAUUUUUUGUAUGUUGAAAUUGUUAAGUGAUGAUAAUACAUUCAAUCUUUUCAAACCUUUCCAUAAGAAAAGCAAGAAAUUAAUGUUAAACGUAUUUUUAUUUUUAUGUCAAUAGGCUACAUUAUAUUGUAUAUGGGCUUUUCUCAAACUAUAUCAAAAUUCUGUGAUUUUAAUGAUCAAGUUUUGAAUACUGUAAAAGGUUUGGUUACACUAUUUCGAUAGCCCACUUUAGACAUUCUACUAACUAUAAGUAACUUUUUAACUACGUCAACUAAUUCUCAUUAAUUUGCAACUACAUGUGUACUCAGUAGGGUAGGUUUAGGGUUAGUAGUUGACAUACUUGCAAAGUUUCUCAUAGUCAGUAUGUUGUAGACCCAUCAAAAUAAAGUGUUAGAAGAUAUUAAACAGACAGUCUACUAAUACUCUAAUGACUGCUAGUUGACAUGUAGUUCUCCUUAUUUAUUCCUUCCCUUGCUAGCUUGUACUUAUUUAAACAAUGCCUGAGACUUGGUGUUACAAGCACUUUGUUUGUCGGAUUGCCUCUUCAAGAUGAAUCGCUUUAUGUAUUCCCCAAUUGUAAGUCGCUUUGGAUAAAAGCGUCUGCAAAAUGACAAUGUAAAUGUAGUUGCAAAGUUACUUACUGUUAAUAGAAUGUCUAAAGUGGAUUAUCAAAAUAAAGUGUUACCAAAGGUUUUGUAAUAAAUAUGAAUUGUUUUGAAAUAAAAUUUGACAAAUGAA